UCGAUGCAAGUAUGUACGGAAAUUCGGUGUGAUGGGGGCGAUGGUGAGGGGUAAAGGAUUCUAGGGGGAAAGACGAAGUGCAAGAAUGCGAUGUGCAACGUUGAACGGCAAACACGAGGGACACACUAUCGUGCCAUUGAUUGUACAGUAAAGAACGAUCGAUACUACCGAUAUUCGAAGGGCACACGAUUGAAACAUACGGUCCUGGUUUUCUGGAAAUCGUCAGCGGUCCGGGGCCAUUAAACGCGUUAUAUGUGUCUUGCAAUUUGAUCCCACGGCGCAAAGAGUACAUCCAAUCGGAGAAGUAAUUUACGCAAAUUCCUGAAUAUUUCUGGAAGAGAUAUCUGCAGUCUACAUCCAGAAGACUAGUUUAGGAAUUGAUCAGAUAAAAGAGAAAGAAUCCAGGACGGCAAGAUUUCGCAUAAUCUAGGAGCCAAUUUUGCUUCCGUUAAUUCGCCUGUGACGAAGAUUUAUCGUGUAAAUGAACGUGUAAUUUUGAGAAGUAAUGCAAGGCAUGAUGCCAGUUAAGACAAAAUCUCGUAUUCCUGAGACAAUGGGAGUAACAAAUGGAUUAGUGGAUGCCAGAGCAAAGCAAGUUUUGAGAGAGGCAGUGGACGCAGUUGUCAACAGUUUUGCUAAACAUACACAAGGUUAUGGAAGAGUGAAUGUGGUAGAGGCACUGCAAGAAUUUUGGCAAAUGAAACAAAGCAGAGGUACAGAAUUGAGAAAUGGAGCGUUAGUAAUUUACGAAUCCGUCCCAGGUGCUAGUCCACCAUAUGUUUGCUAUGUGACCCUUCCUGGAGGAUCUUGUUUUGGAAGUUUUCAAAAUUGUCCUACAAAAGCUGAAGCACGUAGAUCAGCUGCAAAAAUAGCAUUGAUGAAUUCAGUGUUCAAUGAACAUCCAUCACGAAAAAUUACAGAUGAUUUUAUAGAAAAAGCUGUAGCUGAAGCAAGAGCAAGUUUUGCAAAACCUUCAACUACGCCUAAUGGUGUCAGCAAUCAAACUCAAGGAAAUGGCGAUGAUAAGGAAGAUCCAAAUACUGGAAUUGGUGCAUUCCGUUUUAUGUUAGAAUGUAAUCGUGGCAGAACAAUGUUAGAAUUCCAAGAACUUAUGACAGUUUUCCAGUUACUUCAUUGGAAUGGUUCAUUGAAAGCUAUGCGAGAAAGACAGUGUAGUAGACAAGAAGUAGUAGCACAUUAUAGUCACCGCGCAUUAGAUGAUGACAUGCGUAGUCAAAUGGCACUUGAUUGGGUAGCCAGAGAACAUGAAAGUGGUGGUGGAGUUGUUGCAAUGGAAUUAGCUUUAGCGGAAAGAGAACUUGAAACGGCACGUUUAGCAGGACGCGAGCUUAGAUUUCCAAAGGAAAAAAAAGAUAUACUAAUGUUGGCUCAUGCUCAAGUUUGUCCUCAAUGAAUUAUUAUUUGAGAUAAUUUUUUGAGAUUUUGAGACUGGUUUUUUGAAAAUUGGAUCAUUUAAAAAGAUAAGCAAUUCCUGUGCCUUGUAAAGAUCGAAUUUUCAAAAAUAGUGAUUCACUCUUCGUUUGUUAUUCACUUUUCAUCAUUAGACAAUUUUGUUUUAUCAAUAUUUUUUUUUUUUUUUUUUUUUUUCUUAUAAGAAAUAUAUUACAUAGAAUUUUGUGAUAAUACACUUUCAAAGGAAUUAAAAAAUUCAGUGAAAUGUGUGCCCAGGGUAUUCUAAGUACUUAAUCUAUGUAGAAAUCAAUUGAAGCAGAAAUACUGUAAAUGUUUAACGCACUACAUAUGUAAACGUUUUAAACACAUAAAUUUGUCUUCCAUUUUUUUGUAUUAUUUUUUUUAUAAAUGAUAUGAAGCGUAUUUUUUAUAUGUGUAUAUAUAUACAUUCUAGCUAUAUAUGCUUGAAUACAUAUUGUGCUUAUCUUGCAUGCCGUGUAUGAUAAUGUAAAAAAACAUACACGUGUAAGGGAUAUAUAUAUAUAUUAAAAUUCAAAGAGAUAGAAGUAUCUUUUUAAAUAUUUUUAUAUAACAUAGCUACCAUGCGAGAUCAGAUACGUUCAUAAAUACAUGAAACUCGUAUAAAAUGAAGACAUUUUCUUUGUGCCUGAAAAUAAGUGAUUACAACAUAGUAAAUCUAUAAUUGUUUCAAUGAUAUUUUAUUAUUAUUAUUAUUAUUAUUAUUAUUAUUAUUAUUAUUAUUAUUAUUAUUAUUAAUAGUUGAUAAACACAUUUUAAAAAAUAUAAAGUUACAGUGUUCACUUACGCCUUCAAUUUAAUUAAAAUAACAUUAAGUUGAUAUAGUAGCAUUUACAGUUUGCUCUGAUAAUGUUGUCGCAGAUGGAUUUUCUUCUUCCUCUUGUAAAGGAUGUGCAAGUACCUUAUCUAUUAUUCCAAAUUCCUUAGCUUGAGAAGGACUCAUGAAAUUAUCUCUUUCCAUGCUGCGUUCUAAUAUAAAUAAUGACAUUAAUUAUAAAAACCAAAAAUAUAAAUGAAAUUGUUAUAUUUGAA